CUUAUGCUUUUGCCUUUGACAUCGAUGGCGUACUUUUAAAAGGAUCAGACCCAAUCCCACGAGCACGCGAAGCCCUAAUACUCCUCGAAACCAAGCGUAUCCCAUACAUGCUUCUCACCAACGGCGGCGGAACCCACGAGUCCGACCGCGUCCGCUACCUCAGCUCCAAACUCGGCAUCGAGAUCGAUGAGCGACAGUUUGUGCAGAGUCAUACACCCUUCAAGGAGAUGGCUGGAAAAUUUGAAAAUGUGCUUGUUUGUGGAGGGCAGGGGGAAACGUGUCGAAAGGUGGCCGAGAGGUAUGGGUUCAAAAACGUUGUUGUGCCGGGGGAUAUUAUUAAGUGGAAUAGUUCGGUGUGGCCGUGGCAUAAUUUCCGGUUUGAGGGGGAGGAUAGGGAGUGGCCGAAGCCGAAGGAUUUCUUUGCGCCGGAGCAGAAGAUUGAUGCGAUUUUCGUUUACCAUGAUCCGAGGGAUUGGGGAGUGGAUUCGCAGAUUAUCCUUGAUUUGCUGUUGUCGAAGGGUGGACAGCAGGGUACAUGGUCUAAGACUUUCGACGAAGGUCCACCGAUCUACUUCUCAAACCCAGAUCUCAUCUGGGCGAAUCAGUACCCAAUUCCUCGGUUCGGACAGGGUGCAUUCAGAUUAUUGAUCGAGGCGCUAUACAGAGAAAUGACGGGUGGCAAGGAACUGAAGAGCACGAUCAUCGGCAAACCACACAAGCUCACUUACGACUACGCCGUCCGCGUACUGAGCAAAUGGAGGGCAGAGUCCUACGGUGUACAAGCUGGUAAGGAACUGGAUAGGAGUCGGGUAUACAUGGUUGGGGAUAACCCAGAGUCAGACAUUCGUGGGGCGAACGAGAAUGGGCUCUACUCCAUUCUCGUCCGUACGGGUGUGUUUAGGGAUGCUGUCAACAGUGAAAAAUACCCGGCGAAGACAGUCUGUGCGGACGUCCUUGAGGCCGUUGAGUUCGCGAUUGAGAGGGAAGAAGGACGUGCAGCUGAGAAGAAGGCUGGAAUAGCUUAA